AUGCUCCCCGCGCAUGUGGAGUCGAAGCUGCUGCGCGCGCAUCUGGAGUCGAAGCUGCUGCCGUCGCUCACUUCGUCGGACGAGCGCAUCUUCGAGCAGGCGACGGGCACGCCGCUGGCUGCGCUGCUCGAGGAGGUGCGCCAGCUGCCGGCAAAGAGCCUCGAGGCGCUGAUCUUCGACACGGGCAAGGCGCUCACGAAGCACCCGCUCAACCGGCGCGGGCUCGCCGUCUUCCGCUCGCUGCUCGCGCGCCGCCACGUCGACCGCGUGCGCCGAGAGCGGUGGGGCGCACACGCGCUGCACGACGCGUGGAUGCGGCACGGGCUGCUCACGACGCGCCUGCGCAACUUCCGGCCCGGCGCGAGCAACUUCUCGCUCACAGCGGAGGAGGUGGAGCUGCUCGGGCUGGCGAGCGGCCUCGACGCGCCGCUGAGCUCGCGGCCGCUCGCCGAGGAGCGCGUGUGGGUGACGCCGGCGGCGCAGCACGUCUUCCGCGACAGCGACGCGCAGUACCGCAUGCACAUCGACCAGCUCAUGCCCACGUGGAAGAUCUUCAUCUUCCUCGAGCCGGUGACCCUCGAGCGCGGCCCCUUCCACUACGUGCGCGGCUCGCACGCCGCCUCCCUCCGCAAGCUGCGCUGGCUCUUCGAGCGGACGAACGUCUCGUCGGACAAGCGCGCCGAGUGCUCGCCGCGCCACGUCGCGCGCUCGCAGUGGUGCUCCUCGAGCCCCGAGUGCCUGCGCCGCGUCUUCCGUGCGCAGCAGCACGACCUCAAGCGGCACGGCUUCCACGCCACCGAGCCCCUCACCGUCGACGCGGGCACCCUCGUCCUCGCCGACACCUCCGGCUUCCACUCCCGCGGCCUCGGGCCCGCCGGGCAGCGGCGCACGCUCAUGGGCGCGGUGCAGACGCUCGACCGCCCGCAGUCGAGCCUCUCCAUCUUCCAGAUUCCGCGCCGCCCGCUCCUCGCCGACGGGCUCGAGGGGCGGCUGAGGCCGAAUCCGCAGUCGCUCGCGCACCGCUGCCCCCAACGAGGGCUAUACAGUUAG